AUGAGGAGGGUCGACGUUGCCUUCUUGGAGUCCAUCCUGGUCGGCGGGCAAUGCGGUGCUGCAAGCAACGGCCAGCAGCAGCACCACCCCCCGGCGUUGAGCUCGUCGCCGUCGUCGGGCACGGGUUUUUUGUCCGCCUGGUCCGCCAAACAGACCCCGUUCGAGGUGCUCUACACGGCAGAGGGCUUUCGGCGGGUCAGGGACUGGUUCGGCCGCAGUGCCGGGCACGGGCUGGAGCGGCCCGCCGCCUCCGCCUGCUGGACCCGAGAGGACGCGGGCGAACGCAAAAAGAACGAAAGCGAAGACGACCAAGGUUGCGACGAAGAGGAGGCCGCAGACGACGGCCGGGCGGUAGAAUGCGACGUCGGCUACCUCACCGAAAGGCAGUUUGUGGAGAUACUCCGCCGCCUUGCCGACUUCAACGACACCGAGGCCCUCGAGGUCUUUGACAUUUUUGGUUUGGGCUACCACCCUCUCUGCUGGUUCAACGCGCGACGCCUUGUUACGCUUAUGGG